UCUUUAAUUUCUUUUUAGCCUUACUGCUAGGACUUCCAGUAAAAUGUUUAGUACAAAUGGUGAUAAUAAAAAUCCUUGUCUUAUACCUCACCUGAGGGGUACUCAGUGUUUUACCAUUGAGUCUUAUUUUAACUACAUGUUUUUUGUAUAUGUCCUCAAUUAGAAUAAGGAAGUUCCCUUUUUUAUUUUUAGUUUCCUGAGUUUUUUGUCAUUCAUGAGUAUUUUGUCAGAUGGCUAUUCUUGCUUCAAGUGAGAUAAUCAUAUUAUUUUAUUCCUUUAGUCUGUUAAAGAGGUGAAUUAUAUUGAUAGAUUUAUCAAUGUUUAACCAACCUUGCAUUCCUGGGAUAAUUCCCACAUGAUAAGGUAGUGCUAUCACUUUAAUUUAUUUCUGGAUUCAAUUUGUUAAUAUUUCAAUUAAUAUUGUUGUGUCUACAUUAAUGGACAGAUACUGGCUUGCAGUUUUUCUGUCAUGUCAUGUCACAUUUUGGCGUCAACAUUAUAUUCUCAAAAAAUGAGUUUGGAAACAGUUAUUCAUUUUGUUUUCUCUGAAUGAGUUUAAGAUUGCUGUUAUUUCAUCCUUAAAUGUUUGGAAAAAUAUACCAUGAGGUAGUCUAUCCUUGGAGUUUUUCUUGUGCCUGGUUUUUGCUCAUGAACUCAGUUUCUUUAACAGGAUAUAGAAAAUCCAAAUCAUGCUACUUAUUCUAGUGUCCUUUAUUUUUGACAGCUUUAUGGAGAUACAAUUCACAUACCAUAUAAUUCACACUUUUAAAGUGUACAACUUUGUGGUUUUUAGUAUAUUUGUAGAGUUGUGCAGUCAUUGCCACAAUCAAUUUUAGAAUGUUUUCAUCACUUCAAAAAUAAAUUCCAUAUCAUUUAGCUAUCAUCCCCCAUCCUGACAUACACAAUCUCAGCCCUAAACAGCAAGUAAUCUGUGUUCUGUUUCUAUAUGUUUGGCUAUUCUGGACAUUUCUAAUAAGUGAAGUCACAUAAUAUGUGAUCUUUGUGACUCUUUUUUUUUUUUUUUUUUUUUGAGACAGAGUUUUGCUCUUGUCGCCCAGGCUGGAGUGCAAUGGCACGAUCUCAGCUCACUGCAACAUCCACCCCCCAGAUUCAAGCAGUUCUCCUGCCUCAGCCUCCCAAGUAGCUGGGAUUACAGGCACCCACCAUCAUGCCUGGCUAAUUUUUCUAUUUUUUUUUUUUUUUUAGUGGACACGGGGUGUCACCAUGUUGGCCAGGCUGGUCUCGAGCUCCUGACCUCAGGUGAUCUGCCCACCUCAGCCUCCCAAAGUGCUGGGAUUACAGGUGUGAGCCGCCACACCUGGCCCUUUGUGACUAUCCUUUUUACUUAGCAUACUGUUUUCAAGGUUCAUCCAUGUUGUACGUGUCAGUACAUCAUGCCUUUUUAUGACUGAAUAAUAUUCCAUUGUGUGGAUAUACCACAUUGUUUAUUCAUUCAACUGAUGAGCAUUUGGAUUGUUUCUCCCUUUUGACUGUUAUGACUAGUGCUGCUAUUAACAUUCACGUACAAGUUUUUGUUUGGACGCCUGUUUUCUCUUGGGACUAAUCUUAGAAAAGGAACUUCUGACUCAUAUGACAGAAUCUUGGUCUGUUGCCCAGGCUGGAGUCCAAUGGCACAAUCUUGGCUCACUGCAACGUCUGUCUCCCGGGUUCAAGUGAUUGUCCUACCUCAGCCUCCCGAGUAGCUGGAAUUACAGGCAUGCACCGCAAUGCCCAGGCAUCAGUGUCAUUCAAGGACGUGACUAUAGAAUUCACCCAGGAGGAGUGGCAGCAAAUGGCCCCUGUUCAGAAGAAUCUGUACAGAGAUGUGAUGCUGGAGAACUACAGCAACCUCAUCUCAGUGGGGUACUGCCAUUUCAAACCAGAGGUGAUCUUCAAGUUGGAGCACGGAGAAGAGCCUUGGUUCUCAGAGGAGGAAUUCUCAAACCAGAGUCACCCAAAAGAUUACAGAGGCGAUGACCUGAUCAAGCAGAAAAAGAAAAUCAAAGACAAACACUUGCAGCAAGCAAUAUGUAUCAAUAAUAAAACAUUGACUACAGAGGAAGAGACAGUUUUGGGGAAAACAUUCACUCUGCAUGUAGCUGCUGUUGCUUCAACAAAAAUGUCCUGCAAGUGCGACUCAUGGGAAGUGAAUUUGCAAAGUAUUUCUGAAUUUAUCAUUAAUAAUAGAAACUAUUCAACAAAGAAAAUAGGUUGCUGUAAUGUAUGUGAGAAUUCACCUUUCAAAAUUAACUUUGAGAAAACUCAGACUGGAGAGAAAUUUUAUGAACAUAAUAAAAACAUGAAAGCUCUCAAUUAUAAUGAAAAUCUUUCCAAGCAUCCAAAGUUUCAAACUUUGGAGCAAGCUUUUGAAUGUAAUAAAAUUGUAAAAGCCUUUAAUGAUAAGGCUAACUGUGUUAAACAUAAGAGUCCUCACACGGGAGAAACAUCCUCUAAAGAUGAUGAAUUUAGGAAAAAUUCUGAUAAGAAAACUCUCUUUGACCACAGGAGAACUGGCACAGGGAAGAAACACCUGCAUCUUAAUCAAUGUGGGAAAUCCUUUGAGAAGUCAACUGUGGAGGAAUAUAAUAAACUUAACAUGGGUAUAAAACAUUAUGAGUUAAAUUCAAGUGGAAAUAAUUUCAACAGAAAGGCACACCUCACUGAUCCUCAAACAACUGUCACAGAAGAGAACCCAUUGGUAAGUAGUGACAGAACACAGACUUGGGUUAAAUCCUCUGAAUAUCAUGAAAAUAAGAAAUCCUACCAGACAUCGGUUCACAGAGUUUGCCAGAGAAGUCACUUGAUGAUAAAACCCUAUAAAUGUAAUGAAUGUGGGAAAUCCUUCUGUCAGAAAGGACAUCUCAUUCAACAUCAGAGAACUCACACAGGAGAGAAACCAUUUGAAUGUAGUGAAUGUGGAAAAACUUUCUCCCAGAAGUCACACCUCAGUACUCAUCAGAGAAUUCAUACAGCAGAAAAACCCUAUAAAUGUAAUGAAUGUGGAAAAACAUUUGUCCAGAAGUCAACCCUCAGGGGACAUCAAAGAAUUCACACAGGAGAAAAACCGUAUGAAUGUAGUGAAUGUGGGAAAACUUUUGUUCAGAAGUCCACCCUCAGAGAUCAUCACAGAAUUCACACAGGGGAGAAAUCGUUUCAAUGCAAUGAAUGUGGAAAAACAUUUGGCCAAAAGUCAAACCUCAGAAUACAUCAGAGAACUCACACUGGGGAGAAAACUUACCAGUGUAAUGAAUGUGAAAAAUCCUUCUGGCGAAAAGAUCAUCUCAUUCAACAUCAGAAAACUCACACGGGAGAGAAACCAUUCAAAUGUAACGAAUGUGGGAAAACUUUUGCCCGGACAUCAACCCUCAGAGUGCAUCAAAGAAUUCACACUGGGGAGAAACCAUUUAAAUGUAAUGAAUGUGGGAAAAAAUUUGUCCGGAAAGCAAUCCUUAGUGAUCAUCAGAGAAUUCACACAGGGGAGAAACCCUUUCAGUGUAAUAAAUGUGCAAAAACUUUUGGCCAGAAAUCAAACCUCAGAAUACAUCAAAGGACUCACAGUGGGGAGAAAUCUUAUGAAUGCAAUGAAUAUGGGAAAUUAUGUAAGAAGUCAACCCUAAGCUUAUACCAGAAAAUUCAGGGAGAGGGGAAUCCCUAUUGAUGUAAUAACUAGAAAAUCCUUUUGACAAAAGGAAUACCCCAUUUGAUAUCAGAGAUAUGCAAAAAACCAAUUGAGGGUAGUGAAUGUAAGAAGACAGUCCCAGAAGUAAACCCUCACUGUGAAUCAGAGAAUUCACAUAGGAAAGAAACCAGAUGAAGAUGAAUGCAGGAAGAAUUGUGUCCAAAAGGCAACGUUCAGAGUAUAUCAAAGAAUUCACACAGGCUUCUGUUUUCAGAGUAGUAUGGAUAGGCCUGAAUGAAGUCAUACCCUAUUAGAUAGCUCCCACACAUCACACAGGCUGGUAAUCUCUUAACCAGCACCAAUUUCAUUUUACUCCAGGCACAUAGUCCAAAUUUCCCAAUCUUGUUUUCAUCCAGGUGGGUCUUUGUGACUGGCUACUAAGAUGUGGAUGUCCAUGAUGUAUAUCACAUCCCAGUCUGAAACAAGAGACUUCCCUAACAAAUUACCAGAGCCCUGUCACAACAAAACGGAUAUCAUUUCUAGGACAAACUUGGUGCCGUGCUUUAAUGUGGCAUGGGUACAAGAUAAAGAAGUCUGUGCCUGAUUGAAUAUACGCAGCAAAAUUCUCCUGCGUCUUUCCCAGUUGAACAUUAUGUGAGCAAAAUUUAAGCUUAUACAGUAGUCCCCCCUUAUCUGCAUUUUCACUUUAUGCAAUUUCCAUUAACCAUGGUCAACUGCACUUUAAAGUUAUUAAAUGGAUCCAGAAAUAAACAAUUCCUACAUUUUAAACUGCA